AGGGGGUUAAGGGGAGGUCCCUGAGAAAUUUGAAGCUAAUGAAGUCUGAGGAAUGUUACACAUUACACCCCUGGCUGGCAGUUUUUUUGCUUAGGUCCCCUAACUAGGAGAGAGUCUGAGCUCUCUGAACUGCAGACAAGCCAUUAAUGGGACCUAGCGGCGCAGAGGAGUUGUAAGCCUUUAAGGUGCACCCACCAUAAUCUGUCUCUUCAGCAACUCCGGCACUAGAACUGCUGUGGAAUUGCAAACACAUGCUGGAAUGCUUUUCAUAGACACAUGAAAGUGGAUGAUUAGAAGGGAUAGGUCCUGUAGGCAGGGCAGCAGCUUGCUCUCUGGGAAUUGUUUUGCUUUGCACACAGGCAUCAGUUGUUGCAUAGGAAAUACAGCACAGAAUUAGGGUGCCAACGAGAAACUUUGGAGUUUGUCUGAUCCUGACAUUGUUUUUUUUUUACCAUGCUGGGCUCUGGCUCUUGGCUGAGGUGGCUGCUUUUGUUGCUGUUCUUCUGUACGGUUGCCCCAGAGGGAUGUCCAGAGGGCACCUCCUGCACCAACAGCCCCCCUGAGAGCGAUUCCAACAAGCACUGUGUGGGAGCCAGAUGCCCGGCCAGGACAAGUAGAAACUCCCGGCCCUCACAUCACCCGAGCAGCAGCAGUGGCAGAGUUCAUCUGUUGCACCCUGCCCGGGAGGAGUCACUGGGCACCGGGCAAGGACCUACAGACACCUGGGGAGUACACCAGCCCUCGAGUGGAAAUAACAGCAGAGACUGCAAGGGCAUAGAGUGCAAACUGCCCCUGAGGAUCCGCUUGAAGUCACGUGGCAGGGCUCCCUGCGUUGGGGAAGGGUGCCCAGCGGUGGAGGGGCAGCGAGACUCUCAGGGUAUGGUGCGUCUGUCUGACAGAGCUGCUCAUUUCAUUGGGGAGGUGCCGGACUUUCAGCACGGGACGUCGGAACUGGGAGCAGCCCCCCUAGGAGUCCAGCUCACCUGCGACAUCAAACCAGGAGAAAAUGAGGUGCCUUCAGAAGAUGCUCUUAUUCUACAACUGCAGCUUGCCAAGGGGCAAGAGAAGUUUGUGGAGUUGCUGAAGAGUCAGCAGAAGACCAUCACCGACCUGCAGCAAAAGCUUUCCGAGCAACAGGUCCUUCUUGUUAACCAGCAAAGGGAAAUAAUAGAGCAGCAAAGGAAAAUGUAUGAACAAAUGGAUAUGAUUAAGGUCCAGUACAGCAUCUUGUUUGAUACAGUCAAGCAAAUGUCCUUUCAGAGUCUGCAGGAGGACAUCCAGAAUUAUUUUGAAGCACAUCUUCAAGGAUUACAGAACCAGGUGAGGAACCAUCUGCAGAAGACCUACUCUGUGCACAAGGUCGACGUGGACGCAAAGGUCAUAGAUGUCGGAGGGCCUUUACUGGCUUGUGACCAAUGUGAAAGUGAUGAAUUUUGCAAUAUCCAGAAGACGCCACCCCAAUGUGAGAAAUGCACGUUGUGCCCCGCUGGAUUUUUUCAGCUUUCCGAAUGCUCUGAAACCGUCGAUCGCAUUUGCCAGGACAGAGAUGAGUGCAUGGAUUCCCCAAGCAUCUGUGGAGAAAAGAUAAAGUGCUUGAAUACUCCAGGUGGCUUCCGAUGUCUUGGAGUUGCAGAGAAGGACGCAGCUCUGGGACUUUGUGGGGAACAGUACUUUUUUAACAAGGAACUUCAGGAAUGUCAGGCUUGCUCAGAGUGUGAAGAAGGAGUUGUAUCUUUCCCAUGCACGGCUGACAGUGAUACUGUCUGUAGCGAUGCCAGUGAGAGCAAGUUAUCAGAGUCAUGGUCGGCAAAUAUAUCCCUGCCCUCGGCAAAGCUGACCAAUUCCCAGGUUUAUCCGGGCCUGAACCUGAAAAUCAAGGAGAAGCAACAAUGUGAAAUUCUCUCCCCUGAUGAUAAUAAGUUAAUAUUCAAACAACAUGGAUUACUAUGGGCCGACCUCAAUUUUGCAGUGAAGCAUAACUGCAGGAAUUUCCUCCAACUGUCUCUGAAAAUGAACAAUAGCGAGGAGGGGUAUGAGUUAAGCGGCUCCCGUAUAGAACAGCCUGAUGGGAAAUACUUUCAGAGCACCAGUAUCAGUUGUGCAGCUGAGGUGGAACCCGGUCACAAGUUAUCGGUUUUUCUAAAGAGCCCCAACCAGUUCUGUAAUCAAAGUAAAGACUUACACAUCUACGAUCUAAACACCCCCUUGAGCGUCUUCUGGUUGUCCCACGACACCGGAGCUGUUGCAAUGACUGCUCAGAUGUCCACUGCCAUGCAUUAUCAGACCAACUAUAGGCCUACUUUUAAAAUCAUUUCCGUUUCAGACCCGUAUAUGAUAAGCUUGUCGCAUGACGGAAGAAGCAUCAAAUUCACCGAAUCCGGAGUUGUAAAAUUUGUUUUCCAGCAAGCCCUCUAUUCUAUGGGUCCAACCUGCGUCCGAGAAGGCUUUUCGCUGAUCUCUUACAUAAAUAGAAAUGGCACGAAUUCUGAGCUAAUGCACAUCUUCAAGUCUGGCGUAAACUACAGAGACACUUCGAUUUCUGCUUCUGGAGCUGGAAAAGUCAGCGCCGGAGAUGUCAUAAGCUUUGAGAUAACAUCUCCGGCACAGUGCAACGUCCGCUAUUUUGGAGAAAAUUCUGGCAUAAGUAUUCUGAGUCUGAUUUGGAUCCCAACAGCAAUUUCUACUGCUGUGACAGCCAAAGUGUCCAGUACUGGUCUGCCUACAGGUGCCGUCAGAAAUAAACUCUUGCACUUCCAGGAUCCCUCAAAAGACCGAAUUAUAAAGCUUGUGACCUCUGGCCAGUUUGCCCAUAAAUAUUUCAUGUUUGCUGAACGGGGUACAGUUAGUAUUUCGCUUCACCUGAAGUUAAUUCAUUCCUGCAAUAUCUUAAAAUUGACCUUAAAUAAACUGGUUGGUGACCAAGGUCCUUCAGCAGCAGUCACACAACAAAUCGGUGGGCAGAUGCCGGAGGGAAGCCUUUGGACGAGUGUGUCCUUUCGCUUUUCCUUUGAUGUUCAGAAUGGGACAAAGAUAUCCGUUUCCCUUGAUUGUGUACGUGGGAGGAUCAACCAAAUUGCCCAUGAUCAAGGAACGAAUUUUUCAAUUUUAUGGGUUUCCUCUUAAAAAUGUGUAUCGGUCGCCGUGAAAUGUGCAUUAUUCGUGGUAGAACAUGACGUAGCGAGAUUCCAGACACCACAUCUGAAUUUGGAUGGCUGCAAUCUAUCAUGCAGUGGUCCCAUGCAUUGCAGAAGGGAUUGAACAAUGAAGGGAGUAACUUUUUUUCCUCUCAUUUACAUAAAAAAAAAGCACAUCUGAGGACCAAAGGAUUUUGUUAACUUUUGUAAGAGGAAGUAAAUAAGGGUGGAUCAGGCCUGUUUUGCUGGCCAAUGUAUGGUUGCUCCCUUAAUUUUAUUUUCAAAGUUGCAUAAAUAUAUAUUUAUAUUUUAUAUAAAAGUAAUAUUUCUUGGGCGGCAUCAAGCUAUAUAAAUUAUAUAAACCAUAUUUGCGUUGGACUUUUGAAUUUUAGAGCGUGUAUUCUGCGGAUUUAAUGGCAUAACGCAUGUCUCAAAGUCUAGGGGAAUAAAUUAAUGCUCAGUCAACCCCCAUACAUACCCAUUAUAGAACCAGGUGUUCAAACAUUAGGAUGUUAUUAACCUGGAUGAAGACUAUGGGGGAUGGGGUAAGCAUACCGGCUAUUUUUAUUUGCUGUCCUUUGCUUUAUUAAUGGUUAUGUACUUGGUUCAAUAAAAUCUGUAACUAA